AUGUAUAAUGCCCUGAGGUCAGCAGCUCUGGCAGUGGGGUUGGUGUUACUGUUUGCCGCCACGCCAGCAUCCGCAACUAGAGAGGGUUCGUUUCAAUGCGAGAAUGUGUGGGAUGGCCCGAGUACCAGUAAUGACGUUCAGGCGUGUAUACUCAAUGCAGAGCGCAUGCGGUCUCAGUGGAAGCUCUUUGUUUUGCCGUUUCUAAGUGCUGUACUUCUUGCAGUACUGUUGGUAAGCUUCCCUCUUGUAUUCAUUUGCUCCAUAUGCUGUAACUGUUGCGGCUGUUGUGGUGCAAACUGCUGUAAACCGGAAACGAAGAAGAGCAGGAAUCAGGCCCGUUGCUGUUUGUGGUUGUACAUCGUGUAUGCCCUACUUUGGAGCGUUAUGGUUUUUUUUCUUAUCGUAUACGGGACUCGGACGGUGACGAAGGCUGUUCCAACGUUCGUCGACGACGCAGUCUCUGGACCCUUGUCGUACUUUAAUCAAACAGCAGAAAGUGUAAUGGAUUACACAUAUGACUGGAGCUCGGGUGAGCGGAGGGAACCAGGUGACUUUACGAUUGACUUCUCCGAGUUUUCCAGCAUGCAGAAGAAGGUAAUGGAAGGCGUGUCCGCAGUCCGUGCAACAGUCUUUGUACACUUUGACAAGGUCUCCAUCGCGUCCUACGUUGUCGGAAGCCUUGGUUUCGUUAUGGUACUUGUUAUUCUCCCUUUUGCCAUGUUCAAGUGCUGCAUUCCGGGGUUUCCAAUAUGUAUCUCGUUCGUCUAUUGGAUUUUUGGUCUUGCCUUCGCCGUGCUCGGACUUCUGUUGACGAUUCUGGCGUACUUCGCCACCCUUACCUGCGGCGAAGUGGAGCGACACCAUGGGCGGGAUCCAGGGCUGAUUCAGUGGUAUGGCGUCCCUGUUUGUAAAGAGUUUUUUAAUUUCCAACAGUUAAACAAGGGCAUUAUGGCCGCUGAGUUGCAGCUGUCUCAGGGUGUCUGCAAGGCAGUUCUACCGUUCUGUGACAGACGUAAGCUUCGGGGCCCCGGUGGCGUAGUGGAUCGUGCUGAUCCUCACCCUGGUGAGAGAAACAGGUUGCUGCCACCCGGUGGCGAAUAUCCAAAUGAAAAGGCCUUGGAGAACACAAGCCACAAACACGGAAAUGUUCCUCCUGCAAGCGAUAGGGCGGGGGGUCCACCGCAUCCAACACCUGUGCGUGACCACUCGGGUCUGCCUGGAAUUUCCGAGGGGCCGAAUUUUCCGGAUCUUCCCGCGGUCCCUGUGCUAAACUGUCAAGAAGGAUUUACAGACGCCUCGCAGUGUACGACGUUUGAUGCGAUGUCCGCACUUGUGUUGACGGCGGAAGUUAAAGGUUCCUUAAACCCAUGUGGAGAGGCCGGAAAGGCGUGCAACCUUACGGAGUGUGCCGCGCGUUGUGAAAACGAUCAAUUACAGGAGCUUGCGGUUCGCGCAACAAGUCAGAUUGAGAGAGUGCAGAACGUAACCAUCGCGUGGUCGUAUGCCAGGCCGCUACUUGAGUGCAACUUCGUAAUCGACAAGAUUGUAGAGUCUCUAGAAGCAUGCGGGGACAUCACGGCAGGAACGAUGGUGUUGGGUGCAGGUUUUUUCAUUGGUGCAAUUGUGUUUGGCCUCGGUAUAUAUAUUAUGCUCCGUGGUGCUUGCGUAUGGGGUGAGAUACCGAUGUUCACUAGGGAUGCGAAAGCUUCGUAG